AUUAGUGUUAAUCUAGCUGGACCCUUUCGGAUCAACAGCCUCUAGGGAUUCGGAAUUGCUCUCUAGUUAUAUCCUCUUGUCAAGGAUGUCAUAAGCUUUCGUCAUGACUCCUUCCCCAACUACAUCGUCAUCGUUCACCCACCUCAAUAAUCAUCUCUGAGCCAAUCUCUCACUCCCUCCUCCCAACAAAUCCGAAAAGUCAAUUACUCACCGUUUACACACGUGCUUACAUACGACUCUAGAGUUGAGAAGAUGCCGCCACUUGCCUGCGUCGCUGGCUGGUUUCAUAUAUAUUUCUAGAAUCCCCGGCCACUUUCAUACCAUUUUGUGGCAUGUCAUGAGCGGAAAUGCAUACGUACGAAGAACAACUGGCCUCAUCUAGUGGUGGCAAUGCUGAACUUGCUACUGAGCGGAUCAACAGUGAAGGCAUCAACGCUGGGUCUCCCAAUGAUUGCGUGAAAAUGAAACCACCCACCAUGAUUCUUGAGAAUCACAAUGCCACAAAGUCCAACCGUCGCACCCUGACCGACCCCCACCCAUCAUGCAACCUCACAAAGCUACGAUCUAGUUCCAUGACCGACCAGUAUGGCGAGGCAUGCGAAGGCGGGCUCUAUCGACCUGCACAGCCUAACGUAGUGAAAGUCAAAAACGCCGGCACGCAGACGGAAAUUACAGACUGGGACACUGAUCAGUUUGCCAUUAUAACAGAUGAUGAGGAUGAAGAGGAUGAAGGAGUCCAGAUUGAAGAGGUCGAGUUCGCCAGUCGCCGGAAUAGUAUAGGGAAUCUUGGAUUGGGCGCCGCUGGGGGCGAGCCGGUUGGGGGAGUGCCUGCAACUGUUAUGGACGUGCUGGAUGGUAUCAAUGCUGAAUACGAGAUCGUGGUCGAUGCGAAUGCAGAAAACUUGGAUUUUUUGGCUGGAAGAACAGUCAGGAAGAGAAAUUCUGACGCAGCGAUGUCGGGGGCAUUGCAGCCGAAUGGGAAAAGGAAGGUCAAGGAGGCAUUGGUGGAAUUGGAAGAGGGUGCAUGUGGGCAGCAGCCGGCUAUGAAGAAGAAGAGUUUCUGAG